GGAUUUUGCUCAGCAGUUCAUGAAGCCCCUCCAUCAGCACCUCAUCUACCAUCAGUUUCUGCAAAUGCACGCCGUUCGGGACUGGGAGGAUCUGGAGUUGCGCUUCCUGGACCAUUUGCAGCCCACUCUGGCGAUCUAUGUAGAUAUGAAGUGCCACAAGGCAGCAGGAUUACUAGAGGAGGCCAGUCGGGAGCAGCUGUACAAUCAGCAUUACCAUUGGCUGCUGCACGGGAAUGAAUCCGAAGUGGGUUUCUACGCUUUCUUCUCCCCCUUCAACAUUUCCAUCGAUGCCGAUGUUAGCUACGUGAAGGAGGAGCCUCCAAGCUCGGAUUACAAUGCCUCUGCGGUGGUCUAUGCCACCUACGAUGUCUACAGCAAUGGGAGGAUCAUUGGCGGGCAGCUGAAUCUGACGGCAAACUAUGCCUGCGGCUGUGACCUGAGUGGUUGUCAGAGGAUGCGAUACCUGAGCCCGUUGCAUCUACGUUCCAAGUACGGGAAUCGGGAGCAGCUCACGGAUGUGAUGCUCAGAGUGGCUACGGUAGUGACCCAACGUCCUCUCUACUGGUCGGAGGAUCAACUGGUUUUGUUUCUGAGUCAGGAGAACGAUACACACAUUGACUCGCUGGCGCGAUUCGGCUUUCAUCUGACUCUGAUCCUUCGGGAUCUGUUGCACUGCCGAAUGAAGUUCAUCUUCGUGGACAGCUGGAGCAAAUCAGAUGUGGUUGGCGGAGCUGUGGGCGCCGUGGUCGACCAGACGGCCGACAUCACAGCCACACCCUCGCUGGCGACGGAGGGGCGGCUCAAGUAUCUGUCGGCCAUCAUUGAGACUGGCUUCUUUCGCUCGGUCUGCAUCUUCCGCACGCCACACAACGCGGGCCUCCGCGGUGAUGUGUUCCUGCAGCCGUUCAGUCCGCUCGUGUGGUAUCUAUUCGGUGGAGUUUUGUCCCUGAUCGGACUCCUGCUCUGGGUGACCUUCUACAUGGAGUGCAAGCGGAUGCGUCGCCGCUGGCGCCUCGCUUACCUACCCUCGCUGCUGACCACCUUCCUGAUCAGCUUUGGGGCCGCCUGCAUCCAGAGCUCGGCGCUGAUACCCCGCUCCAAUGGCGGCCGGCUGAUCUACUUUGCCCUCUUCCUGAUCAGCUUCAUCAUGUACAACUACUACACAUCUGUGGUGGUGUCCUCGCUGCUGAGUUCUCCGGUCAAGUCCAAGAUCAAGACAAUGCAACAGCUGGCGGAGAGCCAGCUGACAGUGGGCCUGGAGCCAUUGCCCUUUACCAAGAGCUAUCUGAAUUACUCCAGACGUUCCGAUAUCCAUCUGUUCAUAAAACGCAAGAUCGAGUCGCAGUCGAAGAACCCCGAUCUUUGGCUGCCCGCCGAAGAGGGAGUGCUUCGGGUCAGGGACAAUCCCGGCUAUGUCUAUGUCUUUGAGACAUCCUCGGGGUAUGCCUAUGUGGAGCGCUACUUUACGGCCCAGGAGAUCUGUGACCUCAACGAGAUACUGUUCCGACCCGAGCAACUGUUCUACACGCACCUGCAUCGCAACUCCACCUACAAGGAGCUGUUUCGUCUAAGACUGUUGCGUGUCUUGGAAACGGGUGUCUACCGGAAGCAGCGCAGCUACUGGGUCCACAUGAAGCUCCAUUGCGUGGCCCAGAACUUUGUGAUUACCGUGGGCAUGGAGUACGUUGCCCCGCUACUCCUGAUGCUGAUCUUUGGCUACAUCCUGGUCGUGUUCAUCCUCCUGCUGGAGCUCGCCUGUCAGCGCUAUCUCAACCGGACCAAGCGACUCACUCUUUAAAAUCCCUUUAAGCUGCUAUUCAGAACUACACAGAUAUAUAUAUAUUCUCAUCGGGGACACGGCACACGGCACAUGGCACCUAGAGCACCAGAGAAAAUAUAAAAACACUUUGGGGUUAAACUUUUCGCCACGUCCGACGACUGUAAAAUUAUGCAGGGGGGCGACGCUUUUCCACGCUUCCUGUUUUCCCGCCCGAAAAAUGCGGCACGCCUCGUUGAAUGAAAGGAAGGAAGGAUGCCGAGGACAGGAGCCGGGGAGCACAGGACGUAGUGGAUCUGUGCUAUGCUUUCAUGCGAUUUUCGUAUUUGCAUUAAAAACUUUUCGUGUUUGGCGGUUACAUUUUAUUUUUCAUUUUCUCCUUCGCCAAUGAUUUUAUUCAUUCUCUCGCCACCUCCUACUCCGACUGCCUUUAUUUGCAUUUUUAUGCACCUCGAAUGGAAAAGUUUAUCCCCAGUCUCCAUAGGCCAUGUGUGGGUCUGGCAGAUAGCAAAUAAUGAGGCCUAUUAGGCAGCAGUUAACUACCAAGUUUCCAGCACUAAGUCUGUGCGAUUUUCCCACGUAAUCAAUCAUAUUUCACUUCAUUCGCCCACACGACCAUGAUUUAUGUCGAUUUAAUGAAGUUGGCCUGCGGCAGCAGCCGACAUUUCAUUUCAUUGGGGCACGGAGGCGGACAGACAAGACUGACAGUCUGAUUUGAUUGCACCAUAAAGAAUAGAGCGGCACGUGUAUGUUACGAUCCUCUCGAAGCAGGAGAAAGCUGCAGCCUUUAGUGGGGACCUUGAAGAAGAGAACAUAGAUGCAAGACAGAGAUCUUCAGAGCUCUUGUACGGGUAUUUCUGUUUGAUUAAUGCAUCAAGGUCCACUAACACUUUCUCUUUGCCUUGUCGUGUUUCGAGCUGCAACUGGCAUAAAUGUUUGCCAAACAGACCAGAACUCUCCACCCAUUGCGAGUGCCAUGAUAAAUUGGCUUGACAAUUUGUCAACUCAAUCUUGUUGUCAACAGGCCAUCACUUGGGCCCAUUUGGUUAACCCCUCAAGGAGUGCUCCCCGUCUUGGCCGGCGGGUGGAGGGUAGAACUUUACAGUGUCAGUGGAAAUUGACAGGCAAUUGGGAAUUAUUUACAACAUUGAACAGAGUUUUCCGCUUCCUUUCCCCAGGCCCUCUGCUGUCAUUGGACCAUUUUAUUUUGCAAUUUGUCAGCAACAUGUUUUAACUUGAUUUUUUCUCUAUUUUGUAACUAUGCGUAUAUGUAGGUAUGUACGUAUGUACGUAGGUAUACAAUAAACCAAUACUCGUUUGUUUUCGACAGGGCAGAGGAAAAAGUGUUCCCUGCUUUGCGGCUGCGGUGUUAAAUUGGUUUUGGCGGUUUCCGUACGUGCUAAAUGAGCGCGAAACGGAUUCGAUUUGAAUGCCAAAGGAUGGGUAAAAGGAAAUAAAACCUCAAUGAAUUUUAUUUUAUUGCGGGGAAAACUCUCAGCUCAGCUACACACCAGUAUGUAUUCCGAUAAUUAGAUUGAACUGUUCGCUGGGGGGAGAAACACCCCGUAAAGCGCAAAGCUCCUCUCUCAUCAUCUGCCUGAUUGUCAUGUCUGGGGCUGGCUCUGGUGCGCCGCCUGUCAUGUAUUCAUACGAAACGCCAUGCGGCUGACUAGCUGACUGAUAUCUUAAGAUUUAUAUGGCCC